AGUUCACGGAAGUGCGGCUCGUGGAAGGUCGCGGUGGGGUCACGAGAAAACCCAGUCUGUGUGUGUGGAGCCCUCGGAGCCCGCAGGUCCUGGCUCGAGGACCAAGCUCUCCCAGGUGGCCUGAGGAGGAGGUCUCCGGACCUGGAUGGCGUCACUUGUGGGGACACCACUGAGCAGAGUCUAAGAUUUCCACCCAGACAUUUAGAGCCGCUCAAGAAGAGACCAAAGGCACGGCGUCCACCUUCCUGGCCAUUCCCCAGUAACAGAAGAAAAUGAUUAAGGACCAGGAACCACUCACACUGGAGGAUGUGGCCGUGGACUUCACCUGGGAGGAGUGGCAGCUCCUGGGCCCCGAGCAGAAGGACCUGUACAGGGACGUGAUGAUGGAGAACUACCGCCACCUGGUGUCAGUGGGGUAUCCCGCCAGCAAGCCAGACACACUGUCCAGAUGGGAACGAGGGGAGCCAUGGACAAGAGAAGAUGGACUCCACAGUGGGAUCUGCUCGGAAACCAAGAAAAAUGAUCGUCACCUACAGAGGCACUUGCAAAAUCAAAGAUGUCUAAAGAGAACAGAACAGUGCCAUGAGCAUAAUGCAUUUGGAAACAUCGUUCAUUGGAGUAAAAGUAAUUUUCCUUUAAGGCAAAAUCAUGAUACAUUUGACUUGCAUGGGAAAGCAUUGGAAUCAAAUAUAAGUUUGGUCAACCAGAAUAGAAGCUGUGAAGUAAAGAACCCAGGUUUGACUAUAGGGGGAUCUGGUCAGUAUCUGGGGAGGCCCAUGUGUGUCUGUGGUUGAGAGGCUGAAGCUGUGGAGGCCCAGGACCCCUGUGCUGCUGGGACAGACCUGAUGAAUGUUACUUUCCCUUCAGUCUUUCAAUUUGUACUGAUGCAGCCUGUAUGCUGAAAAUAAGCAGAAUGACUUCCUGUUCAUUCCUUCUGUAUGUCAAUAAAAGAGAAACACUUCCAAUUAAACAGGACCGUGUUAAUACAGAAAUUGAAGAUGUGGCUUCGGACUUCACCUGGGAGGAAUGGCAGCUUCUGGACCUGAUUAGGACCUGUACAGGGACGUGAUGUUGAGAACUACAGCCACCUGGUGUCAGUGGGGUCUCAAGCCAGCAAACCGAAUACAUUCUUCAAGCUGGAAUGAGGGGAAGAACCCUGGACAAUAGAAGACAAAACCCGCAGUGGAACCUGUCCAGACACUCGUGAAUGAAUUCAGACUUUUUGUUCGAGGAAUGAAAAUUAUCUUCCCUACAAGAAAAUUUCUUCCACCUUCUUUUUCUUUUCUUUUUUAAGUUUAUGAUCUUCUAACAAUUUAGAAAGAUGAAUAUUUAAUA